UCCUAUAAUCUGUUGUUGUAGUUGUACUUCAUUCUUAACCCCUAUGAGAUACAGACGCCGAUCGAAUAUAACCAGUUUAAUAUACAAAAAGAAGUAUUAUUAAGUAUUAUAGAUAUAACAAUAUAUCACACUUAGUUCUAAAUAUUAUUUAAUGGCAAUGGAUAUUCGACCGAACAAUACAAUAUAUAUAAAUAAUUUGAAUGAGAAAAUAAAAAAAGAUGAACUUAAAAAGUCUCUCUAUGCAAUUUUUUCUCAAUUUGGUCAAAUUCUGGAUAUUGUAGCAUUAAAAACAUUAAAAAUGCGUGGACAAGCAUUUGUUAUUUUUAAGGAAAUUGCUAGUGCUACAAAUGCUUUAAGGUCAAUGCAAGGGUUUCCAUUUUAUGACAAACCAAUGAGGAUACAAUAUGCAAAGACUGAUAGUGAUAUAAUUGCAAAAAUGAAGGGUACUUAUGCAGAACGACCUAAGAAACCAAAACGAGUUGUUCCUGCAGCUGAUGAAGAAGCUAAGCGAGCUAAGAAGCGAGCCAAAGAACAAGCUAAACAUUCGCAACAAAUUAGUUAUCAUGCUGGUGUACCACAACAUCCUGGUUUAGUUAAUGCAGCUGUACCAGAACAACCACCUAAUCAGAUUCUGUUUCUUACGAAUCUACCAGAUGAAACUAGUGAGAUGAUGUUAUCUAUGCUUUUCAAUCAAUUUCCUGGUUUUAAAGAAGUACGUUUAGUACCAAACAGGCAUGAUAUUGCAUUUGUCGAAUUUGAAAAUGAAGUUCAGUCAGGAGCUGCAAAAGAUGCACUUCAAGGAUUUAAGAUCACACCCUCACAUGCAAUGAAAAUAUCAUUUGCGAAAAAGUAAAAUAUGAAAUAUUUUGAUUUGUAUAAAAUUACUGUUGGAGACUGGGAAUGUAUGUAUGCUGUAACAGAUCUGUACACUCAAGUGUAACUUUGUUCAAUGAAAUUUUAUGAAUACAAAUUGAACUUACAGUAUACAGGUUUAAAAAUAAUAUAUGUACAAAAUUCUAUGUAAUGUACACAUACAACAAAAAUACUGUAAAUAGCAAUUAUAUAAGAUUUUACAGAAAUAUAUCAAU